UUGUGGUCGACUCGCAUUUGUUUUGAAAUAUUUAAUUUUGUUUUUCGGUCAAAAUGUUUAAAAAACUGAAGCCAGGCGAAAGCGAGGAGGAUGUCCUGCGAAUGGCAGCUGAGUUCAAUGCGGAGAAAGUAAAAAAUCCCGAGUUCCAACCUGCUGCGGCCUUUGUGCGAGUGGAUAAAGCUCCCAAGAAGUCUAUGUUUGCCCAGAAACGUGAGCAGGCGAAACUGGGACGCAUUACCUCGGUUCCAGAAAAAAAGCAGGACGAAUUUUCUCCCACAGUUAAAGAAAUCCAAAAGAUCCCAACAAGUGUCUUGAAAGAAAAUAAAACACAUGUUACCCAGGUUCUGCUUGAUGAAAUUCAGGAAAACAUUCUCGGCGAUGUGAAAGGAAGUAAAAUAGAUCCUAGUUCCCUAGGCAAUGUACUGGGAGAAAUUGUAGAAAGAACUGAAGGAUCUACAGGACCUGCCCUCCAUCCAAUAAGACAGGUCAACACCAGCAAACCCUUAAGCAUUUUUGCCAAACAACUUUUAGGAACAAGCUCACAGAAUCCUAAAAUAUCAAUGACCAAGUCUGAUUCAAAUGAAAAUGAUACAAGUUCUAUUGUAAGAGAUGCCAAACUGUGCAAAGAACUGCACCAAGAAAAUCUAAAUGUCCUUAGCCAAAUGAGCGAGCAGGACAUUUUGGCUGAGAAAAAAAAGUUGCUUGCUUCUUUAGAUCCCUCGCUGAUUGUAUUGCUUUCCAAGAAACGUCAAACCAGCAACAAACCUGUAGAAAAAAAAGUUGUUCCGAAGAUAAUUGAGGCACCUCCACAGCCACCAAAAAUCACACAGUCUUCAGAAGCUUCUAGUCCAGUGAUUUCCUCUCUGCCACAUUCAAAUCCAGCUCUAGAGCUUUUGCAACAGAGCAAUGCAGGCAGUUGGGUUAAUUUCAAUCUUGUGGAGGAACACAAGCUAGCGUGGAUGCGGGAUAUUCCAACCAAAUUAAGCGAAUUGAAGCCAGGACAGCAGUUCAAUGCACGUUUUGAUUGGAAGGGUGUGCUUUUGCCUCACACGCUUAAAAAUCAGGAUACUUCAAUACAACUGGAUGAACGAGAACUCUAUUUACAUGGGGAGGAGGCAGAUCGUCCGGGCUAUGCACUUCAAGAGCUGUUUCGCUUGGCAAGAUCCACUGUCUUACAGCAAAGAAUUUCUGCCUUUGGAGCGAUAGCGGGAAUAUUCAGCAUCUACAACCAGGGUUUUUACGAUCAGGUACUGUCUUUACCAAUAUCGAAAAUAUUUUUCCUACUACGCUUUGGUCUAGAUGACAAUGCCCCCGCUCAACUUGAGGUUGUGAGCCGAGCUCUAGCUAACCUAUUCUAUAAUGAAACGGACGAAGUGCUCCUCGAUCAUAUUCAGGAUAAUGCCUACUGUCAUUGGCAGCCAACGCUUCAGGUCUUGGGAAAUGGCAGCGAUGAUAAAGAAGGAAAUACAGAUACAAAUUCUAUAGCUUUUCUACAACGCUACAUGAAGCUACUAACCACAAGUCAAUCCGUGCGCGCGGAAGUAGAGGAAGAUGAGUCGGAGAGCCGUAUGUCCAUGGAUGACUUUCAACUGGCGGAGACAGAUCUCAUGGAAUGCCUGCUUCGAACCAAUAUAUUGCAAAGGAUUCGAUUUAUCUUGAACUCAGUGAAACCAGACAAUAGCACAGUGGAGUCCUGUCUAAAAUUGCUUAUAAGGAUAGCUCGCACAAGUAUCAAAGUGGCUCGACAGUUAGCUAAUGAAAGUCAUCUUAUAGAAAUACUUUUUACUCAUUUUCUACCCUCUUCGAAUGGAAAUAAUCAGUUUUAUGGUCAACCCCAAAUUCUUUUUCUGAAACUGAUUCGGGUAUUAAUUUGUCAACAUUUGGAUAUAGCCAAGAGCCUUUCUAAGGGAGUCCUAAUUGUUCGGCUGCAACAAUACUUGUUCUUUCAAGAUAAUAAUGUCCAGAUGGUGCGCGUUCAGAUCGAGGCACUGCGCAUCCUGCGCUGUCUGCUGCUCCUGGGAAUCGUGGAUCGUGAUAUUUUCAGGCAGUUCCAGUCCGCAUUUCGCCAGCUGCUGGACUGGCAUGGCAAUCAUUGUGCUUUCGAUGGGGUGGGCGGAUCGGGGCUGGUGCGCCAACACGCAUCCGCCCUGUUGGUCGCACUGGUGGCAAGUGGCGAGAGCGGAAUGUGCGACGUCGAGGGGCAGAAACUGCUGGUGGAACCGCUGAACAAUUGCUGCUGCAGCUGGCUGCAUUCAGCUACCCGUGUCGAAAAGAUCAAAGAUUUUAGCCAGAUGACACUAUUAAGUGCUGCAUUGUAUGCCGUCUCCUGGUUUUCUCGAAGUGGCUUUUUAGGAACUACCAGUUUUCAGCCCUUUCUGCGCAGCAUACUGCCUAAAUUUGUGCAGUCCAGUGGGUUUAUAGCAAUCGUUCAUGACCUGGCCAAGGGUUCCGUAAUGCUGCGACGCCCUGUUGAUCGGCGCCACGUGCAUGCGGCGUUGCCUAAUGUGGGCGCAGUGCUGAUGCACGACUACGGGCCGCAGCUUAUUGUCAGUGAGACGUAUCCGGUGCACCUGUUGAGUAACCUCUGGGCCCUGCUCACCGUUUCGCUGGAGAGCGGCGAGAAGCCAUUGUUCGCGGCACUUAUGCAACCACCGGUGCUGGAGCCACUGGCCGAGUAUCUGCGCCAGUUGAGCUCCCAGCUGAACCGCGUCCUGGCCACCAAUUUCUUUGCCCGCACCGAGCUGAGGUUCAUCCACCAGCUGCUCACCACGGACGGAAUGGAGACCUAUCUUGAGCGCCGGCAGUUGCUUCAGUUGGUCUACAACUACCUCUGCUGUCUGUCCACCGCCCAUGCCACCCAAAUCAAGAGUACCUUCGAGCGCUUUAUCUUCAAUGGAGAAUUCGUGAAACUCGACGAAGCAAGCUUAAAACUGCUGCAGCAAACAUGCCUGGAAAUUGUGUAUCCGCAUAUAAUAGCUGACAACUCGGAGCCUUCCCUAUCCUUGAGUUAUACCCAAGCACCCAUCCUGCCCGCCGACUGGCCUUUUUUCCAGUUGCGGCUUAUCCUUAGCAAUUACUUGCAAAAUGUGCAGCAGCGACCGGCGGCAAUAUUCUCAGAAAAUCAGGUGGUGCGCAUGACGUUGACAUUCGUGCGGCAACUGGAGCAAGAGGGCUUGGAGAUUGUAAGCCCGCUGGAGAAGCUAAUGUAUCUGAUGAUUAGCUUCAUGGGUCCCGACUCCCAGUUUCUUGCUCCGGAUUUGCAUGAGCUGCUUCGGGAUUGCCUUAUGGAUUUCUACAAGCAGAAUGCCGCGCAUGACUUUGACUUUGAAGCGGAGCUGGUAGAUAAGGCCAGGUUUGAGCCGCUUUACUAUCUAUUUGUGGAACACUUCGAGGCAGCUAGUUAUGGCGAUGAGCUGUUCAGUUCUUUAGUGCUGUUGCCAUUAGCACAAAAAUACGAUAACAAGUGGCGAAGGCGUCUUUGGUCCGAACAUGUGCAGGCAGUGCGUUUCAUAAACUGCGAUGAGAGUUUGCUAAUGGGCGGCUUGUCUGCCUAUUUGGAACCCGUGGAACAGGAGCCUUCGCUGGUGCAGCUUUACGGUGAUGCAUUGCAGCAGCAGCUAGUUCGCCCUGGCAGCAUUGCCCAUCGGAUAGCACAGCACCACUUCAACAACUCGACGGUAGUGCAUAAAGCCAAAUUGUUUUGAUUAUCUUAACGUUAAUUGCUGAUAGUUCAAAGAGUGUGAUGAAAGUACGAUAAAGCUAUUUAAUUUUGGAA